UAACAGUUUCAGAUACAAAGAUUCUAGUUUGAAUUUCAAGGUAGAUGUAUCUUAUCCCAUGCGUUUCUGCAGUCUUUCUAAUCCGUAAAUGGAAGAGGCUGCAGAAGUGGCUGGACUGGAGGCUGCGACGAACGUAGAAUUGUCCUAAGUCCUGAAGUUGUCUUUGGUGCGGUUUAGUUUGUUUCAGUUGUUACGGGUCAACAUGUGUAAAUUCAACAACAGAUUGUUUAAUUUUGCAUUGAUCGUUUUCGCCAUCAUCCAUAUUUCAUUGACUUCACCUAUUAAUCGAAAACUGAGUAGAAACUCCUUUUCCGACUAUUAUGAUUACGACCAGGACUUGGAGUUAAAUUUCGAUCAACGACAAAAUGGCUCUGAGAACUAUCGCGUGAAUUUCAAUGGAUUUCUGAUCGCGUUGCCGGCAGGGGAUGUGACUAACAAUUCCGAUGUACUAUCCAUACUGGGAAUUUCUGAAAGCGAUCUCCUUACUCUCAUGGACAAUUUCGAUAUUGAACCCACGGCAGACGUCGAAAAGCCGCAAAUCCUGAACGAACGUCCAGCGGAAAGCAGUGAAGAUUUAUUUCUUCCUAAACCAGGUGAAGCACGAGAUAGCUCUAGCGGAGGAGAUACAUCUGGGAAAUCGAUCAGUGAUCGACACUCAGGAAUUGAGGAUGCAGGGAAACCAUAUAAACCACAUAAAAUGAAGUUGCAUUUCGCCAAUUUCUUGAAGCUACUCCGAAGACGUUUCAAUUAAAAUUGUUUAUCUCCGAAGAAGCCUUGAAAGCUCAGAUCGAAGGACACUCUGAUGCAAACUUUGAAUUUAAUCAAUAUUGAGAUUUUUACGUAAUAUAAGCUUGACUACGGAUAAGUAUAAGCAAUAAAUUCAGUUUUUUACAGAA